CUCAAUGCAAGAGUUAAACGGUUGGCCUAGGAGACGGAGACCAAGUUGGCUUCAACCACCUAUGAUCUCACAUUAUUGGAAGAACGUAAAUAUACUAAUCAUGACUCAGAAUGGUUGGGUGAAGCCCGAUUUUGGAACAGCUGCUACAGGAAGUUUUUGUCCCGUAAGAAAAGUGCAAAAUGAUGAUUCAGCGCAACAUGAUUGUAAUAGAAAAAAAAGACCACAAGAAUCCACGAAAAAUAUGAAAAACAUUUGUACGCCGACAAGCUCGAGUGAACUUGUAGUCCAAAAAAAGAAAAUUGCAGACGUGAAGUGUUGGUUAGAGCAAGCAUUUUCCACCAACAAUCAUCAGGCACAGUUUCUCCUCCUUACUGGUCCUCCUGGAUGUGGAAAAUAUCAAACACUAAGUACUAUUUGUAAAGAAUUGCACAUAGACAUCCUUACUUGGGAAGAACCAAUCAGACAUUACAAUGCAACAGAAUGGGAUAUCGGUCAAUAUAAACUGCUACUGUAUGUCAAAGAAAAAGAUGCUAAGGAUACUUUUUAUGCAGACAGCCCAGCCCACCGUACAGAGAGUAACCAAACAGACAGUAACUUCUAUAACCAUCUUGAAGAAUUCUUGGAAAGAACCAGCCGUUUCUGUACUCUCAAGAUGAAAGAUAGAGAACUAUCACUUCAUCCAAAACCUUCAUUGAGAAAAAUUCUUCUUGUACAAGAUUACCCUCCGAUGAUUUUCCAAAACCUGGAAAGAUGGCACAACAUCCUCUUAAAGUUUGGUUCCAGAGGGAAAAUACCAGCUGUGUUCAUCUUGACCAAUAAUAAAGCUUUCAGCAGUAUGCAGCUUAAACUAUUCCCACAUGACCUGCAAGAAAGACUCAACAUCUCUACGAUUAAUUUUAGUGGACUUGCAAAUACUUUUGUGCUAAAAGCUCUUCAAAAAAUUGCUGUUAACUCCCAGAAAGCUACCCCAAUUGAAGUGAUUCAAGCUAUAGCUGGUUCCUGCAAUGGUGAUCUGCGCAGUGCACUAAAUACGAUGAACUGGAUGAACAUGAGAAGCAAUAAUAAUGAAAAGCAAUAUGUCUACCCGAAGAAGAGGAAACUGUCAUCAAAGCACGAGAGGAAUGCUUUAGAAACGGCCUAUGUAAGAGAUGGAUCAAUGGAUUUCAUGCAUGCCAUAGGGAAAAUUCUGCAUUCAAAGAGAUUGAAUGAAGCUCAAUGUAACUCACCUGGUUUACCACCACAUCUGUUGGACGAGUUUAGAAUGCCACUGAAAGAAAAUGUUAAUGAAUUAACUAGAAAUAUUGGUGACACAUCGCAUAAGGUUCUAUUGUAUUUGCACCACAAUUAUCCGGUGUAUUUUAACAAAAUUGAAGAUGUAUCAAAGGCAAUAGGGUAUCUUAGCUCUAUUGACUCACUUAGCAACCAGAUAACGUACAAAGAAAUUUACGAGGAAUAUUCGCUUUUAACUGCUAUACGAGGCCUCAUGUUUAGCAAUACCAGCGUCAAUGGAAGUACGUGGCGCCCCUUGAGAAAGCCAGACCAUUUCGCAAUUACCCUGAAGCAGCAAGAUUUGCGUUCACAGAUGCAAGAAAUUAAUGGCAAACAAUGUGGACCUUCUUUUUUUUCCGAGACGUGGCCAUUUAUGCGUCUGAUUCGCGAUAGAUUGAAAACUACUUCUGCAUUGAAUCAGGUACUGGAACUGGAUUACGGCUAUAAAUUAGAAGAUCCCAAGUUGCGAACCAUUCAAACCACAACCCACGCGCCCAAACUAAUGGAAUUGGAAGCUCAAAAAUUUCCCGUGACCGAGAAUGCCACAGAUAACUCAGAGAUAGAUACGGACAUCCUAAUUGAAGAAUACGAGGAUUAGGAAAUCCAUGAAUGAUCUAUUUUUUAUAGAAACGUUGUUCCUGUUACCAAAUCAGGCAUACUUUUGCAAGUGGAACUAAUAAAUGGAAAGGAAUAUAUUAUUAA